AUGACUCCUGCCGACAAGCCUCCAUCUGCGCCUUCGAGGCAGUCUGGUGUGCGCACAGUUCUGCGGUACACCGGCAUCCCUCCUUCAUGGCUUGACAAGCGGCCCAAGCUUCCAUCGAGGAACUGGCUCAUAUUCCUUUCAUGUACCUCGUCACUUGUCGGACUUUACAUCUACGACCGACGGCAGUGCAAGCAGAUUCGCCAGGAGUAUGUCGACAAGGUCAAGCAUUUUUCAGAAGUGACUACGGACCCGUUCGACACGCCUCGUAGGGUGACGGUGUAUGGCGCGAAAUGGCCCGGAGACGAGGACUAUGACCAGAGCAUAAAGUACUUCCGGAAGUACGUCAAGCCCGUGCUGGUGGCUGCAGCCGUAGACUAUAAUAUGGUUACUGGGAAACGCCACGGCGACGUUGCGAACCGCGUCGCGGAAGACGCACGCGUUCGCCGGCGCGAAGACCUAGGCAUCGACCAAGACUUGGACGUCACAAAGGCUCUUCCAACGUACAAACCCCUUGCUAAGCGACGCCAGCAUGAGCUGGAGGGUGGAAUCGUUCUGGUGGGUCGGCCGACGUUCAAAGAGUUCAUGGCAGGGUUGAAGCGGGGAUGGACAGAAGGACUCGAGAAGGUGGACCGUGACGAAGCGUUGGCGCGGGUGCUGGAAAACGACAACCACUUUGACGAACCGGAAGACCCAAUUGCUGACCUUGGCUCUGACAGCCCAACCUCGGACCCACCAAAGCAGCCGCCAUUGUUGUCAGCGCAAAACUCGCCCGUAUUCUCACCUCUGCAAAUGCGCGCCCCAUCAUCGCUGCCCCCCACUCCUUCCUCCCCUAAAAAUGCGUCAUCCCCUUCCCUCGACACCCCACCAACCUACAUUCCCCAGCUACCUCCUCUGCUAUUCGUCUCCUUCACGAACUACAUCGGCUUUACGCAAAUUCCACUCAUGAUCUGGGACUUCUUCAACCAAAGACACAAAGUCCGCUCUGGGGCUGAAGCUGGCUACCGGCUCGUCAUGAGCUCCACGCGACCUCUUGAUGUUCCCGAAAGCGAGGCCUUCGGAACCUCUUCUUCAGAUAGCUCGAAUCCCGAAAGUACACCCCUUACUAGCCAAAGCCAUGGCGAUCUCGAUUUCGACAAGGAUGUUGAGGGAUACUACAGCAGAUCCCUGAAAUCUUUGCCAGAGGACACCGAGAAGGCGAGACAGAAAUAUUACGAGGCUUUGCCCGCUAAACUGGCGACGGCGCGAGCGUUGGCUCGUGGUACACGAGAGCCGACGAAGGAAGAGCUCGAGAACCCACCUCCAACGGAAGUCGAGCUCCGCGCGGAAAGGCUCAAGAAAGAGCGACGAUGGCGCGAUGACCUCGCAGGCUGGGAGAUCGUUAAACCUUCCAGCAGUGUCGCUUGGGACGAGAGGUUUAGGGACGCCUUGCGAGUUUUCGUCGACCCACCUCAAGACGAGUUUGCAGAGCCCAACGAGGGCGAUAUGUCAUAA